AUGUCGUAUAAUUCUUACGCCGAGAUGAGUUAUCUUCUGAAGACGUUAACGACGAAGGAAGAGAUUGAUCGGGUUAUCAGAGACACCAUUGAUGAAGUUCUUGUUUUACGAUUUGGUCGUUCCUCCGACGCCGUUUGUCUUCAGCAUGAUGAAAUCCUUGCGAAAUCGGUGAGAGAUGUUUCGAAAUUUGCUAAGGUAGCUUUGGUUGAUGUUGAUUCAGAGGAUGUUCAAGUGUAUGUGAAGUAUUUUGAUAUCACGUUGUUUCCUUCGACGAUCUUCUUCUUCAAUGCGCAUCAUAUGAAAUUGGAUUCUGGAACUGCGGAUCAUACUAAAUGGGUUGGUGCAUUUCAUAUAAAACAAGACUUUAUUGAUGUUGUUGAGGCUAUAUAUCGAGGAGCAAUGAAAGGGAAGAUGAUUGUUCAAUGUCCAAUACCGCCAGAGAGGAUACCAAAGUACCAGCUCGUGUACAAGGAUGUGUAGACACUAAAGUUUGUUGUGCUUACAAUGCAAAAUCUGUUUCUCAUCUUCUGUGUUGGCAAUAAUAUUUACAUUUGACAUUUUGAGAUUUACAGUUAUGUUUUUGUACAAAGUUGAAGAAUGAGAAUAAAUAUGCAGAUUUUUCGAUAGAUGUGAAAAUGUCGAUGAACUGACCCGUCGUUUUCUUGAUUUCUGAAGUUUUGAAGUCAGGGUUUAUUUUCUCUUCUUUUGCUUUUAGUGACGACUUCCAUUGACAUGGACCGAAGUCGGCAUGUUAUUUCGGUGAAUGGAGGACGAGAAUCCGGGUCGACAGACCAGCAUUGUUCCAUCAGCUUUUUCCAUUCCGGAGAACAGCUUUUUGGUAUAGGAGGUCGAAGUGUGUUCUUCACGAUCCCGC